AUGAGCGCUCGUGGAACUCGCAGUUGUGGUAUCCAUGGGUGCGGCAGAGGCCGCAAAGGGACUCGAGUUGAGUCUUCCUCUUUAGGCAGUAUGUCAAACUUAGACACGAGUGAGACACUGGUUUCACCUGCUACUGAGACUAGGGGUGUCACUGGAGUCACCGCUACUAUGGUCGAGUAUUGGUUGGAGGCUACUGAGAGGAUCAUAAAUGACAUCGACUGUACUCCUAAGCAUAAACUAAAGGGUGUAGUCUCUUUGCUUCGCGACGAGGGGAAGUAUGUGGGUGCGAGCUAUGUAGAUGCUCGUAGGCAUGAGUUCAUGAAUCUCAGGCAAGGUGAUAGAUUAGUGGCCGAGUAUGAGGCUGAGUUUCUGAGGUUGAGCCGUUACGCUCGAGGCAUGGUGGAGUCUGAGUAUGAGAAGUGCAUCCAUUUUGAGAAUGGCUUGAGGGAUAAUCAGAGAGUAUUGAUUACUCCACAGAGGGAGCGAGAGUUUGCAAUUCUAGUGGAUAAGGCAAAGAUCGUUAAAGAGAGGCCAAAGAAAUGGGCUAGACCUGAUGGGCCUGUUAAAGUGGGGGAUCCUGUUGCUCCUACUGGGAUUCAACCAUGUGGGGAUUGUGGUAGGUGUCAUUCGGAUGAGUGUUGGAGGAGGUUAGGGGCCUGUCUGAGGUGUGGGUCUUCGGAGCAUCGGAUUCAAGAGUUUCUCAGCAGGCUAAUCAGAUACAUAGGUUCUACACACUCCUAUGUAGCUAGUACUAUUUUUGAAAACUUGGGGAUUUCUGUUGAGAGUACCUUUAGUGAGAUUACCAUAUUGAGUCCGUUAGGGAAAUCUGUCCAGGUUAAUAGACUUUAUAGGAGUGUUCCGUUAAAAGUGCAAGAGGUUGUGUUUCUGGCGAAUUUUAUGGAGCUACCAUUUGGGGAGUUCGACUUAAUUCUGGGUAUGGACUGGUUCGUUGAGCACCUGGUUAGCUUGGAUUACGCAACUAAGAGAGUUGUUUUAAGGACCAAGGAUGAUAAGGAGGUGGUUGUGAUUGGUACAGCUCUAGUGUCCAUCGCUCCACACCGUGUGGCAUCGAAGGAGCUUACAGAGCUUCUCAACUUCAAGAGCUUCUGGAUCAUGGUUUUAUCCGUCCAAGUGUGUCUCCAUGGGGGCAUCGGUUCUUUUCGAGGAGAUUUUGUGUUCUCGAAAAUAGAUCUCCAUUCUGGGUAUCAUCAGCUUAGAGUCAAGGAAGUGGAUGUUCAUAAGACUGUAUUUAGGACUCGCCAUGGGCAUUAUGAGUUCCUAGUUAUGCCCUUUGGUCUGACGAAUGCUCCGGCUGCAUUCAUGGAUUUGAUGAACCGAGUGUUUCAGCCGUAUCAAGAUCAGUUCAUCGUGGUCUUCAUGGAUGAUAUUCUGGUUUACUCUAAGAUUGAGGAUGAGCAUGACGAGCAUCUUAGAGUAGUGCUUCAGAUACUCUGCGAAAAAUAG